AUGGUUGAACCCAAGGUGGUCGUGUGUGCAUUCGAUGAUGAAGCGAAUGGUCUUGUAGUUGAGAGUGUAUAUUUUGGAGUAACACUGGAACCCAAGAUGGUUGAGUGGGUCUGUGAUGACAGUGUGGAUGGGCUGGAAGCUGCUGGGGUCUCCGUCGAAGUAAGAACGGGCCGCGAGGUGGUUGUGCGUUCCUGUGGUGAUGGAGCGGAUGUGCUUGUUGUUGGUAGAGUCUUAAUUGGAUUGACGGUUGAAUCCUUGGAAAUUAUGCCUGUCUGUGAGGCCGAAAAUGGACUGCUGGUGGAUAAUGGCGCCUUAGUCGAAAUGAUAAUUUUAGAUGUAGACGUUCCUCCGGCUGACGGUAUCUUUUGA